AUGUACGACAAUCUGACCAUGCUCAAUCUCCAGAGUGGCUCCAACUGGACAGGGCCCACUAACUGGUACCAUCAGCCCAAUGCAAUAACAUCGCAACAUGGCACAGAUGGCUGCGUUGAUGACCUGAACCUGCAGAUGGGAGGCGCAGGUGAGGGAGGGGUGCAGGGAGAGAGGGAGGAGUCGGAGGAGUCCCAGCUCCACCUGCAGCUCAAGAGGAAGCUGCAGAGGAACCGCACCAGCUUCACCCAGGAGCAGAUCGACGCCCUGGAGAAAGAGUUUGAGAGAACGCAUUACCCAGAUGUCUUUGCACGGGAGAGAUUAGCAGCAAAAAUAGACCUCCCAGAGGCCCGCAUUCAGGUCUGGUUCUCCAACCGCAGAGCCAAGUGGAGAAGGGAGGAGAAGCUUCGCAACCAAAAGCGGUCGGGGGCCGGGACUUCCUGUACUCAGGCGCACACACCUCUGAGCACUUCCUUUAAUUCUUCACUCUAUCACUCUCACCAUGGCAACAACUCAGGCUCUGUUCACAGUCGAAGUGAAUCCUCACUCUCAGGAUAUGGGUCCCUCUCUGUAUUUUCCAGUGUGCAGUCGUUACCCCCUCAGCAGUCUUACUCCUGCAUGCUGCCACCUUCCCCCUCCGGCCCCCCUCCCUCUCUUCCACGCAAGUUUGACCCGUCCCCCUACCCCUCCCCUCACAUGCCCCACACCCCCUCAGCCAGCGGCGGCGCAGGUUUUCUGUCCUCAGGUCCGGUAACAGUUCCAGGUGGCGAGCAGGACCUGGGACAGUACUGGACCAGACUGCAGUGA